AUGAGUAAGGCAACUCGUAGCAAUAGUAUAUCUGGAAUGGCUAAUAUUUUGGAUGAAAGUAUACUUGAAACAGUAAUCAACAAACUGGCCCCAAAACUCACAGCUACAAUAGAAGCUCAGUUAGAAAAUCUGGGUAAGCAAUUUGAGCAAAUGGAUAGCAAAAUAAAUAAUAUAGUUAACAAAUUAGAUGAUUUGGAUAAAUUAGCUCACUUCAACCAACGAGCAGUAACAAAAUUGAGUGAAAAUGUCGAUUUCCUGGAACAAAGGUCGAAAAUGAACACGUUGAGAGUGGUGGGAAUGAAAGAAGAGAACAAUGAAAACCUGCAAGCUAGGGUUCUUCUUUCAUUCAAUGAUGGUCUGGAAAUCAAAUGCACUCUGGAUGACAUCAACAAUGUCUUCCGAAUCAGAAAAGUCACUGAGAAUAUACAUAAAUCCAGACCUGUUAUAGUGGAUUUUGUCUCAUAUUUGAAACGCAACGAAAUCUACAAAGGAAGAUCUGCGUUGAAGGGAACAGAAAUUUAUCUGAACGAGGAUUUGACUGAACAACGGUAUCAACUUAUGACAUUGAGUAGGAAGAAAUAUGGAACACAAAAUGUAUGGUCCAGGAAUCGAAGGAUAUACUUUAAAGUUGGCAACAGUGUGAAGAUAAUCAAUAAAGAAUUAGACAUCUAA